AUGGAGACAUCUCUGUUGCAAGCAUCGAUAGUUGUUCGUUGUGCCCGUGUGAGGCCGACCAAAUCGAAGGCGGCUUUCUUACGCCAAGCUGCGAGCACCCGUCAGAAAACUGGACGAGAGUCGCCUGCGACCGAGCCUCGCCAUUGCUACAGUUUCCAUGUCCUCCGCGGACGGCGGCCCCGCUUGCGAACGGCGACGAACUGUUCCACAGGCGGCGACUCAAACGGCGGCGGUCGGCGAUCAGUCGAGUGCUGCGGUUGGCAGCCGGCACUUUCGGGUGAGGGUCGAACUCCAAUUUCUAAACAGUACUAUAUUGCGGCUUUUCAACUGCGUCUUAUGGCGCCUGUAUGUCUGACUUGUGGUGACAAAGGGAAUGCUGCACUUCUUAUCUACUGCACGAGGUGCCGGGAUUCUGCUGUUCAUCAGUAUGUACUUCCCCUGAAAAUUCACUUUCUUCCGUAUAUGGUAGAUCAGAUCCGCUAUUGCUUGAACAACGUCUCUCCCAGUGAUGAUAAUAUAAACUGGUUGUGUUGGGACUGUGCUCCAAAAGAUUGCAUCAAUGAGCCAUCAAGGAAAAGCGAGCGAAUUAGUUCUAAAGGGCCAAAGGUUCGAAAAACCAAAAAACAGAGGUUGGAGGAAGACGAAAGGCUGGUUCAUAUUAGAGAUGUAGCCAAUGAAACUGACAAACCAGCCACUGACCACCUUCCUCCUGUCAAGGAUAUGGAAUACCUAAGAGAGCUAGAUUUUUCAGAAGAGAAAAAAUUAAUAUUUGAAAGCCCAAGCUGUUUCAAAGGGCAGACUGAGUCGAUCGAUGUCAAUGAACCCUCAUUGUCCACCAGAAGUACCUGUCCAAUUCAGGAGGAAAACAUCACGAAUUCACUUGACGAGACUCGAAAAAUUCAUCAAGUCAAAAAAAAGAAAAGAAUCUUGAUUCUUAAUGACAGUGAAAGCUCCAAAGAUGACGCUAAAAACAUUGUCUUUCAAGCACCUUCCUUGGCAACUAUUGAUCAAGUUGUAUCAUCACAAGCAUUAAGUGGCCAGCCGUUUUUAAAACCUGAGGAUAGCAUCUCAGCAGAACCCAUUCUUGACCCCAAAUGGAGGGGAUGGUUCAACUUCAAAGAAGAUGGAGAAGAAGACGAGAGUUGUGUUGAAAUUUUAGCUCAUGCAUCUGACAAAGCCUGCUCAAAAGUCUUUGAUACCACAAGUGCAAUGCCGUACACGCUCGACACCCAAAUCCUCCAAAAAUCUGCCGUGUGGCCCAAAAGUUUCAGGGUCACACCUCCCACAGCCGCCAGCAUUGCUCUGUUUUUCUUUCCUGCAAACGAGAGGGAUGAGAGAGUGUAUGAUAGUCUGCUGGACAACGUCAUUCAGAAGGAACUUGCUCUGAAGGCUACAAUUGACAAUGUGGAGCUCUUGAUCUUCUCAUCUUACGAAUUGCCUUUACCACACAGGAGGUUCAAUGGUAAGUAUUUCUUUUGGGGCGUGUUCAAGAACAAGAAGAAGCAUGGCUCUAAUUCGUCCUCCACUGGUCAGCAAAUGGAGAGUCGGGUGGAGAAUUCUGGAUGUGCUGGGCCAGUGGAUGGUGCAAACGGGGCAAAUAAACCUGCCGAUGUGUUGAAUUAUCCGAACCUGCAAAAUUUGAGUCCUUUGAGCAUGGAUAGUAGCCAGGCAUCUAAUUUGCUUCAAUCUAAGCAGAACACCCCGGAUUCUCUACAUUUAUCUGCAGCAGUAGAACGCAAUGCACGAAGAUCCAUGUUCCAAAGCUCCAAUAGUGGGGAAAUGUACCGGAAGAUUGCGAAAGUGGUUGAAUCUCGUCCAAGUUCAAUUUCAGAACGUGUUGUUUCAUUCUAG